AUGCCGCCACGCAAGACGUCGACGAGUGCUCAUGCCCGCCCCCACUUCCGUUCUAUGCGCAGCCUACCCAUCGUAGCAAAGUCGACACCCCUUCGUAAGAAGCAACAGGGAUUUUUGCCGGCUCGCAGCGAUCGCAAGUUCAUGCACGCUGAAGAAGUCUACAACAAUUUGUCGAACGAGAUGCGCGACCAGUUUCUAGGGCCCAUGCCCAUACGCGAGUUCUUCGAGACCUACCUGUCCUGCAAAGAAGUCUUUGACUUUGAGGAUAUUACUAUAUCUAUCACGGCGCUGGAUUUCCUGCCCGCAUUUCGCCACCUGGUGGAACAGAAGAUUUGCAAGGCAAUUAACGACUCUGGAGUCUGUCGGAAUAUCCACUUUGUUGACACUCAUCAACGAGUACUUCGCGUGUCGGAGAAUCUCGCCGAGGGUGAGGGCGCCGAUCGCAAAAUCGACAUCAGCGGGAUACGCCAUUCUUCAGAACGCCCGGAGGAUAUCGUGCCGUCCUUCACCAAUCUCGCCGUCGCUAUGGAGCUCAAGCCCGAAGGAGAUGACGUCGUCGUCGAUCCGAAGGGGCUUACCCCAGAGGAACGAGCGGAGGAGGGGUUCGAACACCAGAUCGACGCAGCUGUUGCCGCGCGCGGCCAAAUCUCGUCGUAUGCGUUGCACCAGUUUCAACACCAGGACUGCACGCAUGUCAUCUCCGUUGUCCUCUUUGAAACGGAGGCGCGGCUUCUUCGCUUCGACCACAGCGGUGUGGUCGUCACCGAGCGUUUCGACUACACGAAAGGCAGCAUCUUCACUGAGUUCUUAUGGCGUCUCGACCGUGCUCUCGGAGCGAAAGUUGACGUGGACUCGUCCGUCACGUCGCUUACGGAAGCAGAUAUCACCGUGCUGGAGGCCGCGCGCGCGGCAUUCGAGGCUGAGAAGGAGUUCCUGCCCUACCCCGUCACAUCAGACAUGCCUCUGCGUAGGGUAUCCGUCUGGGACGACUCGUCACAGUCGUCACCGGACGUCGUGCCGCCGUCUCACGAGUUCAUCGCAGCGCCAGCUCAACAUCAUUCAUUCUCCCCGAUCGGUCGCUACACCCUCAGCUACCCCGCGUUCGAUCCGGAGACAAAGUUGGUGGUUUGGAUCAAGGACGCGUGGCGCAUCAAUGAAGAAGGAUUCGAAAAAGAGGGCGAGACGUAUGCGAAGCUCGCAAAACUGGGUAUGAAAGGUCGCGUACCGGAGGUUCUAUGCGGUGGCGACGUUCGCGACCAUGACGGGCAGAUCCAGGUGACACGCUCCCAAGACUGCAAGGGCAAGUCAUGGGCUGCACUGUCACACAACGUACACCGCUAUGUGCACUACCGCAUCGUCUUCAAAACGAUUGGGCGUCCGUUGACGGCCUUUACGAGCACAAAGCAGCUCGUUCAAGUUUUAGCGGACGCAUUGGAUGCUCACGCUCGGGCGUUCAAGCUUGGCCGCAUUCUACAUCGCGACAUCAGCUUGAACAACAUCUUGAUUGGUUCUUGA